GGUUCCUACCUUUGAUGUGUGAAAAGAUGGUGACCUACUGAUAACGAAGUUCUGUGAUAAAAAUUGUGAAUGUUGAAGAACUUUUAUCGUACAAACAUUAAUAGCCUUAAAAAUAGGCAAUGUAUUGGAGUUGGAUACAUUUUCAAGAAUUUAUAAUAAAUACAUCUGUGAAAUUUAUAUAUAAAUAGUAAAAAAAAUUAUGAAUUUUCAAAAAAUAUAUUAAAUUUUACUAAAUUGUAUACAAUGUCUCAUUGUGACGAAGAAGUAGCAUCAUCUGGUUUUCACCAAUUAAGUAUUACAAUUGAAGGUGCUAUAUUAAGAAGUUCUACAUUUUUAAAACCUAAUCCUUAUAUAGAAUUUUCUGUUGAUGAUAAAAGUCCUCGAAAGACAGAAGUUUCGAAAUCUACAUAUCAACCAAAAUGGAACGAGGAAUUUACAAUACUUGUAACUCCACAUUCACAAUUACAUUUUCGAUUGUUAGAUCAUAGUACUUUCCGAAAAGAUACUUUAAUAGGAGAAAAAAAAAUAAGUCUUUCUCAAGUAUUAUCUCAUUAUAAUGGAAAAUUGGAAAAUAUGGAAGUAACAUUUGACUUAAUGAGUGAAAAUAAACAUGAUUCUCAAUUAUGUAAAGUUGGAGAAUUAAUAACAGUAUUUGAUGGAUUAAGAAUCAAUAUGCCAAAUACAUCAUCAAGCAUUAAUGAAUCACCAUCAUGUCAAACACAAUCUGUCUGCAUACCUUUUGAUGGUGUUUCAAAUAAUGAUGCUAUUAGUAAUAGUAGCAUUCUUAAUGGAGGAAUUCGAGCACGUAUGAGAUUAAAUGAAGCUAAACAUGUUGCAUCAUCUAAUUUUCAUGGAACAUUAUCAAAUAUUUACCAAAACUCUACUUAUAAUAGUGGAAGUGAGCAAACUAAUACUAAUAAAAACAAUGAACAAAUUGAGCCUGUUGCAUCGAAUUCUUUAACAAAUGGACAUGCAAUAUCUCCUGCAGAUAAAUCUAUUGUAUCUUUAUCAGGACGUUUUGCAGCAUCUUUGCCAGAUCGUCAAACGUCUCGAAUAGAUGUAUCAACAUCUGGUAUAAUAGAUGGAAGAGUUGGUUCAUGUACAGAACAAUUUCCAAAAGUUUCUGCCUCAGAAAGUCGUAAUAUUUCCCAAAUUGAACAAUCAACAGUAUUGUCUGGAACAGUUGGAAUAUCUAGAUCAGAUCAAUUAACUACUAAUACAGAUAUAUGUUCACAUAAUAGAACAGAACAAUCUCUCUCUAAUGAACGUAACAUUCGAACAGAACAAUCAGUAACUAGUUCUCUUUCAGAUAAUUAUGCAAGUAUAAGAACAGAUCAGGAUACUUCUUUAGUGGAUGGAUUUAUAGUUUCUAGAGUAGAUCAAUUUAGAAAUCCUGUUUUAACUGAUAAUCAAGGACAUUCUCAGACAGAGCAAUCUGUAGUAUUUACUUUACCAGAUGGUUCUCAUUUAGAACAACCUACAGUAUUUAUGACAGAUAGUCGUGGAAUAACACGUUCAGAUCAAUCUUCAAUAUUAUCCAUGGGUGAAGCGCGUAGAACUACUCAUAAUGAACAAUAUACAAAUCCUACAACUACACGUUCAAAUCCUCGAGUAGUACAACGGGUAGCUUCAUUGUCAGGAUCAUCUAACAUGCUGCCUGGACAGUCAACUCAAUCUGGAUCUUCAAUUGUACUUGCUGAAGUUGAUCCUACAAAUCAUUCUGAAGAGCCAUUACCUCCUGGUUGGGAAAUGAGAUAUGAUAUUUAUGGAAGAAGAUAUUAUGUUGAUCAUAAGACACGAAGUACUUCUUGGGAAAGACCACAACCUUUACCACCAGGCUGGGAAGUUCGUAGAGAUCCCAGAGGCAGAAUUUAUUAUGUAGAUCAUAAUACAAGAACUACAACAUGGCAAAGACCAAAUACAGAAAGAUUACAACAUUUUCAGCAUUGGCAAGGUGAAAGACAACAUGUGGUACAACAAGGAAACCAACGAUUUCUCUAUCCUCAAGCACAUGGAAAUCAAACUGCUAUAGCAGGACCCUCAACAUCAUCUAUGGUUGAUGAUGAUGAUGCUCUAGGACCAUUACCUGCUGGAUGGGAAAGACGUAAACAGCCAGAAGGAAGAGUUUAUUAUGUAAAUCAUAAAAAUCGUACAACACAAUGGGAAGAUCCAAGAACGCAAGGACAAGAAACUGGAAUUGAUGAACCACCAUUACCAGAUGGCUGGGAAAUACGAUUAACCGAAGAUGGAGUUCGAUAUUUUGUAGAUCAUAAUACAAGGACAACUACAUUUCAAGAUCCAAGACCUGGUGCACCUAAAGGUCCAAAAGGUGUUUAUCGUGUACCAAGAGCAUAUGAAAGAUCAUUCCGAUGGAAAUUAUCACAAUUUCGCUUUUUAUGUCAGACCAAUGCAUUACCGAAUCAUAUAAAAAUUAGUGUUAAUCGACAAACACUGUUUGAAGAUUCUUAUCAUCAGAUAAUGAAUGCUGAAGCUUUUGCAUUAAGACGCAGAUUAUAUAUAAUAUUUAAAGGAGAAGAAGGUUUAGAUUAUGGAGGUGUAUCAAGAGAAUGGUUUUUCUUGUUGAGUCAUGAAGUGUUAAAUCCAAUGUAUUGUUUAUUUGAAUAUGCCAAUAAGAGUAAUUAUAGCUUACAAAUUAAUCCAGCAUCUUAUGUUAAUCCUGAUCAUUUACAAUAUUUUAAAUUCAUUGGAAGAUUUAUAGCAAUGGCUCUUUAUCAUGGACGUUUUAUCUAUAGUGGAUUUACUAUGCCAUUUUAUAAACGUAUGUUAAAUAAGAAAUUGAUUAUGAAAGAUAUAGAAUCUAUUGAUCCAGAAUUCUAUAAAUCUCUUGUAUGGAUAAAAGAAAACAAUAUUGAUGAAUGUGGUCUCGAAUUGUAUUAUAGUGUAGAUUUUGAAAUUCUUGGCCAAGUAAUACAUCAUGAAUUAAAAGAAGGUGGUGACAAAAUUAGAGUUAUUGAAGAAAAUAAAGAAGAAUAUAUUAGGUUAAUGACGGAAUGGAGAAUGACAAGAGGUAUAGAGGACCAAACUAAAGCAUUUUUAGAAGGUUUUAAUUCUGUUGUACCAUUAGAAUGGUUAAAAUAUUUUGAUGAGCGUGAAUUAGAACUUAUGCUUUGUGGUAUGCAAGAAAUAGAUGUAGAAGAUUGGCAACGCAAUACAAUUUAUAGACAUUAUACACGAAAUAGUAAACAAAUUUUGUGGUUUUGGCAGUUUGUGAAUAGAACAGAUAGCGAAAAACGAGCUCGACUUUUACAAUUUGUAACAGGUACUUGUCGAGUACCUGUUGGAGGAUUUGCAGAAUUAAUGGGGAGCAAUGGUCCUCAAAGAUUUUGUAUAGAGAAAGUAGGAAAAGAUACAUGGUUACCUAGAUCACAUACAUGCUUCAAUAGAUUGGAUUUACCACCAUAUAAAAGUUAUGAUCAACUAGUAGAAAAGUUAAAUUAUGCAAUUGAAGAAACAGAAGGUUUUGGCCAAGAAUAAUUAAAUACUUAAAUAUAAUAUACCACUAUGUAUGAAAAGUGAUGAAGAUAAGUUUAGUGUAAUACAAGGUUUUAAUGGUUUGAUUUAUCUUGUUUACAAUAACAAGAUAAAAUUGUUAAGUAAGAAUUUUUUUUAAAUUAAUGAAUUGAAAAUGUUUGUAUUAAACUUUUAUAAGAAAUUCUGAUAUUAAUUUUAAUUGAAAAUUUAUUUCAAAGCAUACUUCUUUAUUAUAUAUAUAUAUAUAUAUAUAUAUAUAUAUUAUAAUUAUAUAUAUAUAAUUAUAUAUACAAUUAUAUCUAAAUAUGUAAAAUUCGUAGAAAAUAUCAAUGAAGUGCACAGAAAAUAUUUAAAAAAUUGUAUAUAUUUACAAAAUAAAACUUAUACAAUUAAUAAAUCAUAGAAUAAUAAAAUAAAAGCAAAGAUGCCAAAAUAAUUACCUUAUAAUUGAUUUUUUUUUUUUUUAAGAUUAAUCUUAUCUAAUUUUAUUUCAUUAAGUUUCAUUAAUAAUUAUAAUGAAAUAAAUCAUGUUUUUAAUUGCUGUUUAUUAUUGAUGCUUUCUACGAUACUUAGUAAUAUUCCCUAAUAAAGGGCUUGAAAAUUAUAAUAAGUGCUGUACAUAUUAAGCUAUAAAUAUAUUGUAUUUUAUGUGACAAAUCAAUAAUAACGAUUUCAUGUUUCGUCCUAA